UCUUCAAUUCUCCAUUUGUCAAUCCUAAUUUCCACAUCUACAAACAAAGGCAAAUAAAGUACUUCACUCUGAGCUAGGGUUUUCUCCUCCCGAUUUUCCUCAGCCAUCGUCUAUGGCCGAAGUAAUGGAUGCUCCGGCGGAAGGUUUAGAACGUCGCCGUGAACGAAGCAAAGAAAAUCCAAACAAGUCCACGGAAGAGCCACCGGUAUCUUCUCCUCCACCGCCUCCUCCUCCUCCUCCGCCGAGGCGCGGCCGCGAUAGAGAUUCAAGGGAACGGAGGGAUGACAGGGAUUUUGAUCGUCGAGGUGGUCGUGGGGACUAUUAUGAUCGUAACCGGUCUCCUCCUCAUCCUCCGCCUGUUCGAGAGCGUGACUACAAACGUGGACGGCCUAGCCAUAGCCCUCCUCCUCCUCUUCCUCCUUAUCGAGACCGCCGUGGUGGAUAUUCUCCUCCUCAUCGCCGUUCGCCUCCAUUUCCACCUUAUAAGCGCUCGCGUAGAGAUGACUAUGAUGGCCGCCGUGGAAGCCCUAGAGGUGGUUUCGGGCACGGCGAUCGAAGAUACAUGUGUUAGAGAUCCUCAACAGGUGUAUCGUUGAAGAUCAUUACUUUCCAGCUAUUUGAUGAGUCUUUGUAUUUAGAGGAACUCUUUAUCCUUUUAUUGUUGUUGAGUAUGAUGUUUCUUUUGAGGUAGACAUGGACACGUUAUUGGCACCGUCUGAUAGUCUUACAGGCUU